CAAAAACCAGGGCAUUCAUAUAACGUGGCAGAUGGUUCGUCAGAACAGACGAAGACUUCAAACACUGAGCUACUCUCCACUAUGAGGUUUCUGAUUCUGUCCGCUGUGUUUGGCCUUGCCCUGGGGGUUGACCCCAAGCCUUGUUGUACUGACCAUCAGUUCGAGGCGGUGAUGGGUCAGGUGGGGGGAAAUGUCUACAACCACAAUGGGCAUCUCGUACAGAACUGGCUAGAUGGCUACAACAGGGUGCACUACGAUGCCUACAACCAACUGAUCGCUGUGGAGGCCCAUCAGACCCUGAUGAACGGAUCAGUGACCGUCACGAACAUCUUGCUGGAUUACCCCAACAAAAGGCAAUAUGUCCAAAACCGAGGCAAUUGCUACCACACUCCUCUGACCACGAAGAUGCGAGAUCCGUGUGUUCCUGACACUGCCAAGUACAUUGGGGAAACAUACAUGGGGUACGGCACGUCGAAGUUGGCUCUGUAUAACUGGGAGUACCAUCCCCAGAACACUGACCAGUCCCUCAAAGUGGCCGUCACUCAGGACGGAUGCUCGCCCAUUGUCGAGUCUUUUGUGGGUCAUGUACCAACGCCUGAUGGAAAACAGAUGAUUGAGACCAACUUUGUGUACGUCUUCAGUGAGUUCCGAACUGGGCUCAGAAAUAGUGACGUGUUUAACGUCCCUCAAGCCUGUCGGAUGUCUUCUUCGCUUCCGAACCCAGUUGGCAGGUCCGUCCGACACGUCCAAACAGUGUUCUCUCAGUGAUGACGCACCCUCUGGUUACAGCUGUCCCCAAUAAACAUAAAACUGA